AUGUCAAGCCCUAACAACUGGCAAGAAGCGAAAUCGGAUUUGAAGUCGAACGAAGGUCUCAAUCUUCCCGGAACCCUAGCCCCAUCAUCUGCUUCUUCCACCGGUGCCUCAAGAUCAUCCGUUGACCCGACCCGACCCGAUUCGUCGUCUCCUCGCCCUCGCUCUACUUCUUCCUCUCCAGGCCCCCACUUCUCUAAGAGCAAGUGCGCGAUUUGCUUGGAUGAGAUCAGAAAGGAAGACGGGAAGGCGAUCUUUACAGCAGAGUGCUCUCACUCGUUCCAUUUCGACUGCAUAACCUCCAACGUCAAGCACGGAAACAGGAUCUGCCCUUUAUGCAGAACUCAAUGGAAACAAAUCCCUCUGUUCGUCGACGACCGUGUCCCUCUCCCAAUCUUUCCUGCUCAAAGGGGUUUUGAAGAUGACGAAGCUUUACCUCACGGAGGAGAGUCCCAAAUCAUCCAGAGUGAUGAUGCUGCUGCUGCUCAUCGUCAGCCACUCGAGAUUACUCUGUUCCCUGAAGUCUCUGCGGUGGCGAAGCAUGUCACUCGUCCUGACUUUGCCGUUCUUGUUCAUCUUAAAGCGGAAGGUGUGAGUGGUGAUGAUGAUAGGCGCACUCGUGCUCCUCUGGAUCUCAUUACCGUUCUUGACAUCAGUGGAAGCAUGGAAGGAACGAACAUGGAGCUUAUGAAGAACGCAAUGGGUUUCGUGAUUCAGAAUCUUGAUGAGAGGGACAGGCUCUCCGUGAUCGCCUUCUCUUCAAACGCUCGCCGGCUGUUCCCUCUUAAGCUGAUGACUGAGACGGGGAAGCAGCAGGCGAUCCAGGCUGUGAACUCCUUGGCUGCCGGCGGCGGGACGAACAUCGCGGAGGGGCUUAAGGUUGGCGCGAGAGUGAUUGAGGAUAGGCGUUGGAAGAAUGUGGUUUCAGGGAUGAUGCUUUUGUCAGAUGGGCAAGACAACUUCACUCUCUCUCACAACGGUCUCCGUAUGAGAGCGGAUUACGAGGCUUUGCUUCCGAGCUCUAGCCGGAUUCCGAUACACACGUUCGGGUUCGGGUCUGAUCACGAUGCGGAGCUGAUGCACACGAUCUCGCAAGUCUCUAGUGGCACGUUCUCGUUCAUCGAGACGGAGACUGUGAUUCAGGACGCUUUUGCGCAGUGCAUUGGAGGGCUUCUCAGUGUUGUGGUGCUUGAGCAAGUUGUGGAGAUCGAAUGCGUUCAUGAGCAGGGGUUGAAGAUAUCCUCUGUGAAGGCAGGGAGCUACAGGAGCCGCGUGUCGUCUGAUGGAAGAAGCGCAAAGAUCGAUGUGGGAGACAUGUACGCUGAAGAAGAAAGGGACUUCCUCGUGCUUCUUGAGAUUCCGAGAUGCGAAGCUGAGUCCAUGUCGUUGGUGAAGGUCAGAUGCGUCUACAAAGAUCCUGUGAGGAGAGAGAUUGUCCGUGUUGAGUCAGGAGAGGUGAGCAUUCAGAGGCCAAAGGAGCUGACGGGAGGAGAAGUGGUGUCUAUAGAGGUUGAUAGACAGCUGAAUAGGUUUCUUGUUGGGGAAGCUAUGUCGGAGGCUAGGGUUUUAGCCGAUGCAGGUGACCUAACCGGGGCGGUUGGGGUUCUGAGGAACCGGGAGAGAGACUUGGCAGAGACGGCGUCUGCUAGGUCAAGAGAUGGGCUUUGUCAGUCAUUGUCGUCAGAGUUGAGUGCGUUGCAAGAAAGGAUGACGAGCCAGAGGAUGUAUCAUAGGUCAGGUAGAGCUUACGCCUACUCGAGCAUGAGUUCGCACUCGACUCAAAGAGCAACGGCGCGUGGCCCGGCUGUGGAAGGUAGCAUGGGUCCAAUGGCUUAUCAGACGGAAUCGAUGGCUCGUAUGGUGACUCGGUCUCAGCAAUUGGGAACCGGAGGAAGCCCUAAACCGUCCCCUGCUCGUGGAAACCGAAGCUGA